GCAAGCCUGCGCAACAUUUAGGUUGAACUCUCUAACCUGCAAUUCAGCGGCAAUCUCUAGUGAGCCAUCAUACGCCAUCAUGGUGCUCAACAUCACCUUAGAAGAAUCAAUGCCGAGAUCAAGUGUAAAAGACAUAAUUCGAAUCUCCCGAAGUCAGCCGCGGGAAACGAACCUCUCCUCCGUCGACAUCAGCUUCCGACGAACAGUACGCAUACCUGAGCGAGCCUACGACCAUUACUUGCGAACUGACCACGGAGCUUUCCCAAUAUAUACCGUGGGAGAGCAUAAGACUCGGCUGCCUGAUCAGAUGGUAGCUAAGCGUGGAGCAUUCAUCCCUAUGUAUGAGAGGGAAGCGCUGUGGAUCAAUCUGGAAUCUAAGACUCCGUUCCGAAUCAAGAUACAUUUCAGGGGCAUCAAUGUAGUAUCAGGAAAAUCUGAAGGCAAGAAAUUUUGCCAAGAAUUGCCUUCCACCCAGGAUUAUGUAGUCUCUGGCUCACAGCAUUAUGUCGAUGGCGUGAUGAGUGAUGAUGGCAGCACGAUCAUGCAAUUUAUUGCUACUCCAGCCAAAUCGACAAGCCCAGAGGCAAUAUCCACCCUUCGGUUCGAGAUUACACUACUCCAUCAAUUAGAUCCAGGGCUGGUUCAAACUUCCUUUGCCAAGACGAUGCAAAUUCUCGUGAAGUGGUGCGGUGGCGCAGCAAUGACAUUCGUAGUCCUCGAGACAACCACUAUCUUGGAAUUGAAGAGAAUGAUCUCAUACAAGAUUCUGGUUCAACGCGGUUGGGAUCUUCUGUCGGAAGACAUGGUCUUGAAGCAACACCUUGGCAAAUACGAGCCACUAGAAGAUGGUAGCACCAUGAAAAUCGAAGGAAUCCAGGAAACGACGACUAUUCAUAUUCACCGUUGCAGACCUCGGGGCGACAUUCAGCCUACGAUGAAUCCCAAACAACAGAAGAAGCAAGAAGAAAUGACAUUUGCUCCUGGUGGACGGAUUCAGCAGACAAUCAUGCGGGAUUAUUUCGAGCCUUCUAGUUGGGACCAUCAAGAAACGAUAUUCUUCAACGUCCAGCUCUUGAACGCUACCAUUUUCGAACGAGUUAUUACCGCUCCUCCUCCGACUCUCAUCACUCAACAGCUAUAUACGACUUAUGGCUAUCCAUUCCUUGAGAUUCAUACAGAGAAGAGUGCCGAAACCGCAUAUCUGAAAAUGCUUGACGAAGAAGCUGCGUUCAAGGCUGAAGGUGGUAAGCAUGAUGACCCGUUCGCCCUCAAGGAUAUUGAUCGCCGACGCAAGGCUUGA